AGCAUAAAUAGAUAACCACCUUCCCGCUCUGCCUCGUGAAAUCCAUGUGAAACAUGAUAGCAUCACAGGAUCCUUACAAAAGGUACCCUUCACUGCAUGCAAUGAGGAAAGUCUUGGUUAUAGUUGCGGUGUGUUGCCUUAUGAACAUCAUUGCAGUGUGGAACAUCGAUCAGUAUAAGGAGAUUAAGGAUAUGAUAUUUCGGUCUAUACCAUUCAACGCCCUAAGGUAUCACUUGACACUUCAGAGUAAAACAGAAGAAUUUCUGUACUUGAUGAAGGGUACCAAUAGAAGUCUUACAGUUGUUACAGCAUUGUUUAACAUAGGAAGUUUUGCUAAAGGAACUGUAGAUCAAAUAAGGACACCUGGCGACUAUAGAUUUUGGUUGAAGACGUUUCAGUAUCUGAACAAUCCCGUAGUGUUCUUUACAGAUAAUAUGACCUAUGUAGAUUCAUUUGUAGCACUAAGAAAAAACGUCUCUCAUCUUACAGAAGUGGUAUAUAUUAAUAGAUCAGUCUUAUGGGCUUUUAACAUAAUUCCUGAAAUCAAGAAAAUAUAUUCUACUCCUGGAUACCCACGCCAUUACCCGAACACGUUUAUCCCGGAAUAUACAAGUUUGACCCAUAGUAAGCAGCAGGUUCUCGCCAAUGCUGUGAAUGAAUAUCCGUUUGAUACAGAUUUCUACUGCUGGCUGGAUGUAGGAUAUUUCAGGGAUACUGUUUACAGUGAGAGGAAAUUUUGGAUGGAGGUUCCUGACGACUUUAAUAAAUCUAGCAUUGGCGUGACUCAAGUUUACCAAUCUGAUUUGGAAAGAACUAAUGCUAGUACUAUUAUUUUAGGAAAUUUGAAUUGGAUUGGCGGUGGACUCUUCCUGGGUAAACCAGAAGUAAUUCUAAAGUUUCAUGAUCAAUAUAAAAAGGCUGUGAUGCGAUAUUUAAGUCAAGGACUCAUGAAUGUAGAGCAGCAUAUUAUAUACGCCAUGUACACGAAAUCAGAGAGGGAAAAGUAUCCGAUAGACGUGGAAGUACAGUUAUAUAUACCUGGACAGAAGCGAGUCAGGAACGGUAACCCGUGGUUUUAUCUGGGUUAUUUGAUGUAUAAAGAGGAACCAAAUUAA